AUGGACGGACACGACAGGGACAGCAGCAGCCGCAGCGCACCCCCGCCCCCGCCCAAACCGCACAACGCUCCCACUCCCGAACCCUCGAACGUGCUCGGCGUCUUCGGCCUCUCCAUCCGCACUGGCGACAACCACCUCUACGAAGAGUUUGCCCGCGUCGCGAGGUGUGAAAAGGCCAUCGUCGUCUACGACCAGCGGAGCGGCCGCUCGCGUGGAUUCGGCUUCGUCACGAUGGGCAGUGUUGCGGAUGCGGAGAAGGCUAUCGAGAAGCUGAACGGCAUGGAACUGCAUGGCCGCCGCCUCCGUGUCGACUUCUCCGCCACGACCCGCCCUCACGACCCGACUCCGGGCGAGUACCGCGGUCCGAAGCGCUUCGGGGACGACGAGUUCGCAGCUCGCAGGCCGCCGGGUGGUGGAGGAGGGGACAGGUACGGCGGCAGUUCGUGGAGGGCUCCUCCGCCUCGCGAUGACCGUUGGGGCUACGGCGGAGGAGGAGGAGGAAGGGGCAGCUCGUCGCGCUACGACGACCGCGACCGCCGCGACCGGGACAGGGACGACAGGGACCGCGACUACCGCCGCCGUUCGCGCUCGCGCAGCCGCUCGCCCGACAGGAGGCACCGCGACCGUUCUCGUUCGCCCCGCGGCGACCGCGACCGCUCGCGCUCGCCGAGGAGGCGCUCGAAGAGCAGGGACCGCUCGCCUGCCGUCAGGAGGGAGAGGUCGAGGAGCAGGAGUCGCUCGCCCGCCCGCGCCAAGAAGGAGUCGUCGCUCCCGCCGCCCGUCGGCGAGAAGAUGGAGGAGUAG